AUGCAAGCGGCGCCGACGCGCUACGUGUCUGCGAGCGAGUUAUACUCGACCGACGAGGUGGAGCUGUUGCUGGAAGAAAUCCGCGAGCUGGAGCCGACUAGCUGCCGCGGUGAGGAAGGGCAAGACUUGGAGAUAGCGGGCAGCUUCGGCGGCGGCCGCUCGCCUGCUGGUACCGAACUCACAGAGCGCUCGUGGGAUUCCCACGCGCACUACUCGCGUGCGCCGCCGCCACGACCCCAGCCGCUUGCUCCGGUCUACUGCCGCCCGCGAUACUUUUGUUCUUCCUUUGGGGCUCUCACUCUACUUCUUGUUGUGUGUAGUGGAACAGUGUGUAUAUUGGUGUGGGCAGCACUGGGGCUGAGGGGUGCAGAGGCAACACGGCCUCUGAUGUUUGGUGCGCUCACUACAUUCUUGGCACACACCCUGCUGCUUGUCCUGCACUUAACGGCGCUUACAGCUCUAUUUCCAUUGGAUUUCACAAAAUGGAGUGGAUGGCUGGGGGCAUGGAGUGCUUGCUGGCUAACGGUCGGCGCCGGCUUAGCGUUGCGUCCUCUUACCGAUGUGCGCUUCCUGUACUCUCCUGCACUCAUUUACUCUGCAGUGGGCGUGGGCUGGGCCGGCGCGUGCGCGGGUGCUGCGCUGGCGUGGUUGGCGUUGCGCGCGGGGUGCGUGCGCGCAGGGGGAACGGGAAGGGGAGGCUCUCGACGCUCCUCGGGCCCAGCCGCGUACCGCGCCGUACCGCAAGCCUCCAGCUCGCGAGACGACCCGUUAUAG